GGUUCUUCCAGUUGCCCGGGAUUCCCAGUUUGAACGCUUCCUGAAAACGCUUUCUUCACCGCUUAUCUUGCGAAAUCUAGCGGGCCCUCCCUCCUCUCUCUGGCCUCUUAUACGAGCGAGAGGCGCCACCCGCAGCCCGGAGCUGUGAGCUGACUGACCCCCGGCGCUCCCUGCUGCAGCUGCGCCUGACCGUGGCCGCCUCGCCUCAAAAGCACUUCCUAGCAGUUAUGGAAAAAACUUCUACAGAUGCAUUUCCUUUUACUAUGAAUUCUUCAGAAAAGCAAGAGACUAUAUGUAUUUUUGGAACUGGAGAUUUUGGAAGAUCGCUGGCACUUAAAAUGCUCCAGUGUGGUUAUUCUAUUGUUUUUGGAAGCAGAAACCCCCAGAAGUCCAGUCUGCUGCCCAACGGUGCAGAGGUCUUGAGCUACUCAGAAGCGGCCCGGAAAUCAGACAUCAUAAUCAUAGCAGUCCACAGAGAGCAUUAUGGUUUUCUCACAGAACUAACUGAGGUGCUCAAAGGGAAAACAUUGGUCGACAUCAGCAAUAACCUCAAGAUCAAUCAGUAUCCAGAAUCUAAUGCCGAGUACCUUGCUCAGCUGGUGCCAGGUGCUCACGUAGUAAAAGCAUUUAACACCAUCUCAGCCUGGGCUCUCCAGUCUGGAGCACUGGAUGCAAAUCGGCAGGUGUUCGUCUGUGGAAAUGACAGCAAAGCCAAGCAAAGAGUAAUGGAUAUUGUUCGUACUCUUGGACUUACUCCACUGGAUCAAGGAUCUCUCAUGGCAGCCAAAGAAAUUGAAAACUACCCCCUGCAACUGUUUCCAAUGUGGAAGUUCCCCUUCUAUUUGUCUGCCUUUCUGUGUGUCUUCUUCUUUUUCUACUGUGUUAUAAGAGAUGUAAUCUACCCCUAUGUUAAUAGCGGGAAAGAUAGCACAUUUCGCAUGGCUAUUUCCAUUCCAAAUCGUGUCUUCCCAAUAGCAGCACUUACACUGCUUGCCUUGGUUUACCUCCCGGGCGUUAUUGCUGCCAUUCUGCAACUGUACCGAGGUACAAAAUACCGCCGAUUCCCGGACUGGCUUGACCAUUGGAUGCUUUGCAGAAAGCAGCUUGGCUUGGUGGCACUGGGAUUUGCCUCCCUUCACGUCCUCUACACACUAGUGAUUCCUAUUCGAUAUUAUGUACGAUGGACAAUGAAAAACAGAACCAUUACCCAGGCAACGGCAAAGAGAGAAGAUCCAUUUAGCACCUCUACUGCCUGGCUUAGUGAUUCAUACGUAGCUUUGGGAAUCCUUGGAUUUUUCCUGUUUGUACUCUUGGGAAUCACUUCCUUGCCAUCCGUUAGCAACACAGUCAACUGGAGAGAGUUCCGAUUUGUCCAGUCCAAACUGGGUUAUUUGACCCUGAUCUUAUGUACAGCCCACACCAUGGUGUAUGGUGGCAAGAGAUUCCUCAGUCCUUCGAGUCUCAUAUGGUACCUUCCUUCAGCCUACGUGAUAGCACUCAUCAUUCCCUGCAUCGUGCUGGUGAUCAAGUUCGUCCUCGUCCUGCCAUGUAUAGACAAGACCCUUACACGGAUCCGCCAGGGCUGGGAGAGGAAUGCGAAACCAACAUUGAAUGGAGAAAGAUAUUUAAAGCAAAGUUCAGUCCACCUGGACUCUGAACUGUAGUAGUGUAUAUUUAGAGAAGACUACGUAAUGGGAACAGUUAAGAAGCCAUUUUUCUCCCACCAUGACCUGAAGUUUGUUAACAGAGAAGGAGCUGUUGCCUGACUUUAAGAACUUGACAGAUAGGAAUAGAACACCAGUAAAUCUCAGGUUAGUGAUGAAUCUGUGUAGGUCCCUGCCUCUCUUUUUCCCAGAGGCAGCAGGGCUGAGGUCAUGGUUAUCUUUGUGGUUUCACACUAAAAAGUUGUUUUGUCAUGGGCAACGUGCAUGACCUAAUGUCUUGCAAAAUCCAGGGGAAGUACAGCAACUUCCUUCUCUGGGCCAAGGGGCUGAGUGGAAUGAAAAAGAAAACAGUAAGAUGGUGGCCACUGAUAAAGGCUUUCUGAGGUAUGUCUGAAAAGGAGGACCAAUGAAGUGAAAGGAAUGAGAAUUUUUCUUAUUGUUCUUUGCAAGUGAAGGUGGUCAAAAAUAUUGCCAUAGUGAAUUCUGUAGUUAAAUGUGCUCUUUGAUUUUGCUUUUGCCAACAUGGAUGUGUACUGUGGAGAACCAUUUUAUAACACAACAAAUAAUUUCACAAUUGAUUGGAAGUAACCAUGGGUUGGAUAUAUGCAAGUCUAUUACUGUUGUCGUAAGAUCCUUCCUUUACAAGGAAUAAGUACAGGGAAGAUUGAGUUACAAUUGAGAGAUAUCCACUUGGAUUUUCUCAGUGUACAACAAGCAAGGAAGGGUUGAUAAAACCCUUGCACAAAAAGUUCACAUAAACCAGAAUUUUAGACAGCAAGCUACAUAAAUUUUGUAAAGCUGCACUAUACUAGGUAUGUAUGAUUUAGAUAUUGUGGUAUGCUUUGUGAAUACUAUAUUCCAAAUAUUGGUCAAUACUAAUCAUCUACGAAAUGAAUUUCUAGUAUAAAAAAAGUGUCUUCUCUAAUUCUCAAGGCUUAUAUAAUUUUAAGCAGUGACAUUAAAUGAAUAAUGAAAGUAUAAUUUUGACAAAUGCAUAGAUGAGAGAGAAUUAUGUAAAAUCUUAGGGUAGGGAGGCAUGAACAGUAGCUGAGAUAUAAGACUUGGUUCUUUCUCAAAUCUUUGUUGUAAUGCAGAUGGUUUACUCUAUUUUUCCUGUGCUGAUAAUACCAUUUCCAAGAUGACUUUCCACAGGAUUAGCCUUCCUGGCUCAUGCAUGAAGCUGAAAGGGGCCUUGGGCACCCACUUCCCACAAAAUGAAAUAACCCAAAGGCUUUGGGUUUGACAUUUUUCUGCCUACUCCAUUCUUUCUGUUUUAACUUUUAUUAUCAUAUAUUCUACAUGAUGCAAAUGAUUAAAAUAUAUUAAAAUAUCACCCACCAUCCAGGAGAUUUUUCUAUGAAACUUUUUGAAAAUAAUUUUAUCUAUACUGUAUAUUCAACUUCACAUCCUCCCUUUUUCACUUAAUAUAUCAGUGGUUUUGUUCUCUUACUUACAUGGUAUAUGUAUAUUAUUAAUGGCUGCAUUAAUAUUACAUCAAAUGGACACUUAUUUAACCAAUGCUCUAAUUAAACACGUAGGUUAUAUCUGUUUUUUACUAAAACAAAUAACAUUUCAGAAUACCUUAGCACUUAUAACUUUUUUCCAUACUUUAAAUUAUUUCCUUGGAAUACUUGCCAAGAAUUGGGAUUAUGAAAUUAAAGAACUUUUUUAAUGCUUAUUUAUUUUUGAGAGAGAGACAGACAGACAGAGCGUGAGUAGGAUAGGGCAGAGAGAGAGACAGAGACAGAAUCCUAAGCAGGCUCCAGGCUCUGAGCUGUCAGCACAGAGCACAGUGCAGGGCUGGAACCCACAAACCACUAGAUCAUGACCUGAGCUGAAGUCAGACACUUAACUAACUAAGCCACCCAAGAGCCCCAGAUUUUGUUUUUUAUAUCAGUUUGUGUUCCCUGAGAAGGCACACAGAAUGCAUGCUCCAUUAAUUUAUCUUUGAUUCACUCAAGCAAGGUUACAAAAAACCUGGAAAACUGUGAGCAGAGCUGAGGUGUGUGGCACUGACCCUAGAGCAUCAGCGGGAAAGACAGAGAAAAUGUCAUUACUCAUCUACUCUGUUUUGUGCAAAACAACUGAGCGUUCUAGGGUUGGAGCCUGCUCUUUGUCUAGAGAAUGGUUGCUUCAAAAUUAAAUACUAUCCAGGCUGAUAUAAAGAAAACCUCUGGGGUUAAUCAUGCUUUUUGGUAUGUUUUUACUUGAUCAUAGUUCAUCACUAAAAAUAGAAAAUGAUACAACUUGGGGGGGGGGGGAAGCUGCCUAGAAUAAAACUCUACUUUCAUAACCUAGUAAAAAUGUUCUACCUAUGUAGUUAAUAAAAGCCAUCCAUGAAGCCAGAAGUUAAAGAACACAUCCAGUGGUUUUGGUGUAACAGUGCGUUGCUAGGCCUGACCCUCAGCUUCAACUACAAGGGUCCCCAGCCCCACCGGUGGACCAGAGAAGCCAAUUUCCUCCUUUCAUCCCUCUCAACAUCCCUUUUCCCCAACCAUCAAACCAACUUGGCCAUCCUAACACAGCUGACUCCUCCAGUUCACCUAGGGUUGGAAAGAAUGAGUUUGGAGCAGACUAAAGUAGCAAACUAUAUUCCUUUUAACAGGUCCAGACCGUUUUACAUAAAAAAGUUAGACUAAACUUCACUGUAUUCUAGGAAAAUUUUUAUUGAGCUCAUAAACAUUUUGUUUUUGUAUGUCUGCCCCAUGUUAAGGGAUGACUGCUUUUGUAAAUCUGUACUCAUUAAAUGUCAUUUUAAAAAUACA